CGCUCUCCUCUCGUCAGCCUCCGCCGCUGCGGGCGUCUGCAGGCUGGCAAGCGGCAGCUCGCGCGGAGGAGGCGCUCACUCCAGCUUUGCCCGGGCAGCGCAAUACUCGCCCCGCACAGCCAUGAUUUCUGGACCGCGCUACAGCCUCAGCAGCCUCGUCCUCUUCUUGUGCCUAGCCUCGGGUCAGGAGCUUCAGGCUUCCCAGAACUGCAUGACGAAGCAGCAGCUCCUCGCCACCAUCCGCCAAAUGCAGCAGUUUCUCAAAGGGCAGGAAACACGGUUUAUUGAGGGGCUACGUGUCAUGAAACACCGGCUCACAACUCUGCAGAACACAGUGACUAAAGCCACCCCAGACCCGCAAACUGUGUUCUGUCCUACAUUAGAAGCCCCAGUGAAUGGCAAAAGAUUUGGCACCAAGAAUUUGAUGGAUCAUGAAGUCCAUUUUACCUGUGAUCCUGGAUUUCAGCUUGUUGGUUCCAGUUCUCGAGUGUGCCAGCCAAAUGGCAGCUGGACUGGAGAAGUUCCGCACUGCAAAGAUAUUAGUAUGUGCACAAAUCAUCUGUGCCAGAAUGGAGGAACGUGUACAGAGACAGGUGACCAGUUUCAAUGCAUUUGUUCACAGGGAUGGACCGGUCCCAACUGCCAGUAUCGAACCCAGACAGUACCCCCAGCAUGGAGCAUAACAAAUGACCCAGCUUUCAGUCGCAAGCCACGCUGUGCCCAAUUAGAUCGAAUGCAACACUGCAGUUGUGAAGCAGGCUUCCAUAUGAGUGGCACUGCAGAAAACAGCAUUUGCCAGGAUGUGAAUGAAUGUGAAAUUUACAAGCUGGAGGGAGCCUCUCGCCUGUGUAUGCAUGCUUGCAUCAACACUCCUGGCUCAUACCACUGCUCCUGCCCCCCUGGAUACAGGCUCUUCAAUGAUGGGAAAAGCUGUGAAGAUAUAGAUGAAUGUGCACUCUCACUGCACAGCUGCACUAGGGGAACGACGUGCAUUAACACAGGAGGAGGCUUUCAGUGUGUCAAGCCAGAAUGUCCCAAGUCCGGUGAAAAUGUCAGCUAUGUGAAAACAUCACCAUUUCAGUGCGAACGGAACCCAUGUCCCAUGGACAGCAGAUCAUGCCAUCAAGCCCCCAAGACAAUCUCCUUCCAUUAUCUCCCUCUGCCAUCCAAUCUCAUCACUCCCACUCCUCUCUUCCGCAUGGCUACUGCUUCAGCCCCUGGACGGCCUGGUCCUGACAGCCUGCGGUUUGGGAUUAUAGGAGGCAACAGCCGAGGACAUUUUGUGAUGCAGCGCUCGGACAGGCAGACAGGGGAACUCAUGCUGGUUCAAAGGCUACAAGGGCCUCAGACCAUUACGGUGGAGGUUGAGAUGUCCGAGUACCUGGACCGCAUCUUCCAAGCUAAGCAUGUUUCCAAGAUUACCAUCUUUGUGUCAGUUUAUGAGUUUUAAAGGAAGUUGGUUCAGAAUGGGAGGAAAAAAAAGUAUUCCCAGGCUUUUCAUCAGGAACUGUUUCUUUUGUUUAACUGUUGGCUCCCAUGCCACAGUCUCCAGAACCAAGAGUGAUAUCAAGCAUGGCUUGGCUUUCUGGGUACUCACCUGCAUUAAUGUCAUCCACUUCUUCUUAGCACUGCUAGCAUGUAGCCUUUCUGCUUCUAUCCUAACACAUCUUUAGAUGGCCUGAACUCCUUAGAGGAAGGGGAGAACAGCAGUAUAACUUAGUACCAAUUAUUGUUGCUCCAGCCACACUCUGUAGCCCGUCUAGCUUUGACCCGCCCUUUGUAAGCCAACACAGCAUGUUGCACAUGUAGACAGCCUGUCCUUAACAAGGCUACCUGCAUCCCAGAAGACUUCAACAAAAGGGAAUACAUGAUCCCUCCCUGGACAAUGUACAUAAGCUACAAUAUUAUUACUGUAGGAGAUGUCAUUCCCAUUUUGUAACAUUGCUGUAUAGUGUUAAGCAUUGACUAGUCUUGGAAAACAGAUGCCUAUCAAUGGAAUGAGUAUUGACUUGGAGGUAAAUCUGAUUUUUAUCAGACUUCUUUCCUAAUAAAUUCAUGUUGGACUAGACCAGUAUUUCUCAACCUUGGCAAUUUUAAGAAGUCUGGACUUCAACUCCCAGAAUUCCCCAGCCAGC